AUGGAGCCAAAACCAUGCAUUGGACCGUUUCAACGUGACUAUAUUCUGCAACGUUGCUCAACAUAUAAAAGUGAAAGGAAUCCUAAUCAAUCAAGAAUAGACUCAUGUGCAAAGGAAAAGAAACCAAACGAGAUGAAUGCUAAGCAGUCAACUGAACGCACUAGUAUCACAAAAGCGAAACCGAUGCGAGCUGAAGAACUGCUUGAACGACAUUCACGAACGAACGACACACCGAGCAACAGCAGGACGACAUCAAGUGAAGAAUCAACAACAGCAAAAACUACGAGAGCCUUGAGCGAUAUUAGAUUUCAUUUAGCACAGAUUGAGAAACUUGUCGGAAGAAACGAAGUGCUGAAGGCUACACUGAGAACCACUUCAGCCGAUAAUCCCGUUACACCUGCACAAUCUCCAGCGUUUGGUAGCGAAGUUAGCAGUAAGGAACAGCUAAAUAACAGCAAAGAUAUCAAUCAAGAUGAAAACAUAAAAAAAUUAAGAAAUGCUUUGAUUAGAGUGAGGCGUCUUCAAGCGCUCGAAGAAGCUGCAGAAGGUCGAGAAGACUAUCGCACGCUCAUAACUGGUUAUUGA